AGCAAGCUGCCAAUGUUGGAUGACCUUGGACAAAUAAAUGGUCGGGAUGUAGUUUCUGCUUUGGCUAUUGGGAAAACCAUCAAAAUCACAGUUGAUAACAUUGACGGGCACAUAAAAGCUUAUCAGGUCAGGCUUGGUAGUGGAAACAGAGAUUUUCACUACACUCAUUGGUCGAUCCUUAUCGACAGAUUUGACCCAAGAGAUCUUCAAGGACUGAGCACACAACCGAAACAGAUAGCUGCCCAAGGACCUGACCCUACCAUCUUCUUUUUGUCUUCAAACGAACAUGAAGCAUUAAGGAAAAGAUGUACUCAGCUUGUCAUGCGGAUACUGGUAGAAGAAAUACAGCCAUUGUCCAUGUUUUCUACGGCAACACCUCGUCUUGUGGACCAUAAAUACAGACAAGUGGUUGAUAGACCAUCACAAGUUCAUCCAAUGUUUGUGAUCAUGAAAGACCCAAAGUCAUUACCUAAUUGUGUUCAGAUAAUGGACACUAUAUUAGGAACCAUAGAGUCAUUAUAUACAUCUGCUGGGAGAGGUGAUGAGUUUAACAACAUGGCCAGUAUUCCCCUGGGUGGUGAUCAGCUGACACGGGUAACAUUUGAUUCGGCACGCGUUCUGAGAUCUGGUACUCACAGUCGAACAGAGAGGUUUGACCAGUUGUCUCCAGUCAUCGAAGAACUAUUUCAUGUUCAGCAAGACUUGUUAGAGAAAAUCAUCAAAACCUUCUACAUACCAGAAACAGCUCGUGAAGAGGGAUCACUUGCCCAGUACAGAGCAAUUCUUCAUAGAACAAACGUUAAUGGUCAAGUUAAGGCUAAUGGAUAUGAAUCACACAAAGACUUCCUCAUUACUGUCACUAGAGCUCUUGUGAUAGAGUUAGCUUGUGAAAGAUGGGGGGCUGAUUGCAAGACAGACUUGGGGUCUCUGGUUCCGGAAGAAGUGAAGACUUCUAAUACCAAAGGGAAGAAGCAGUGGUUACAGGAGCAAGUGACCAAAGUGGUGGAUACACUGUUCUGCCCAUACUCUGCUCCAAAAGAUGCUAAAAUAUACCUUCGGCGCAGUGGCCAUUUGUACUGUGUUACGGUGCCUUCAAAAGAUGUCGGGAAAACCAUUGAUCUUAUAAAAAAUGGUGAAGCUGUCCGCAUAAGAGUGCCUGAAGAUUGUAAAACUGACGAAGCAGAAGAUGGUGUGUUUUCAUACAGCCUUGGGAUUGUCAGAGUUGCAAUGGAUUUUAUCAUGUUCAAUGAUGCAAUAAAAUCAGGUGAUAUAGACAUGAUUACAAUUCUUAUGAAACGAUUCAUUCCACUGUUUGUAGGAUUGUCAUCCUACAAAUCAAAGUAUGCUAUUGAGUGUGUCAACUUCCUUACUAAAACUGAAUGCCUGUUGUCAGACUUUGAAAGUGCUAGAGUGAAACUGGGAUUGUUGGUCAACAGAAAAGGCCGACCAGGAAAAAACAAACCAGCAGACAUGGAACAGGAGAAUAAUAUUCGUCUUGUCAAACACGUAAUUAGAGGACUUGGAGCCGGAAAAAGUGAUAAAGCUAUGCUAAGAAUAUCGAAGGCAGCACCUGUAAUCAGUGCAAUGGUAAAUGGACUAGAAGGAAGCAAGACACAUAAAGAUAGACACUCCAGAAAGUCAAUAUCAGAAGAUAUUUCAAGAUUAGGGGAUGCAAUUCGAAAAAUAAGGCCUUUCAACUAUCAGAAGGGUAGACAAAUGAAUCCUUUCAAGAAAAUUUCAUCAAAUGUGAUUGGUGCUGUGAACAAAGACAAAUUAAAGGACUUUAUAAUCAGGCACAGCUCCAGAGCAGUUAAUAAGCUUGCUUUUGAUGACAAUGAAGACUAA